AAAGGCUUGUCCAUCUUCGAGCAGGAAAGGUGGGCGCCGCACGGGCUUUGCGAACGAAAACGCUAAGUCCGUGACAGUUGGUAUCAGAGCCGGUUCGAGCGAGGAACCAUGUCGUCAUCCGAUGCGGGAAUCGUCGACGUUGGGGGCGACCCUCCAAAGCAGCCCUCCAAGCGAAGCAAGAGCAAAGACCCUCAGCGAAUCACGAGGGAUUCGGCGUCGUUGGAGGACCGCCUUGUGCUGUUGGAGGACAUCAUCGCGAAAAUGGGUGAAAGGUACACCGAGAUGGCGGAUACCUUUAACUCAUUCAACGAAGAUGUCCACAGCAUGGAGGAAAGUGUCGCUACAGCCAUGGAGACAUUUCGAAGCGAUCUCGAAAAGCUCCAAGCCAACAUGAAGAAUCGUGACGAGGAGCGAAAGAAACUGAUCGAGGAGCUUGUUGCUCGAGUCGACGAGGUCGAGGACCUCAAGACAAGAGUAACGAUCCUUGAGAAAGCGGUGGCGCGUGGCCACGAACCCCAACGAGAGUCCGCUUCGAAGGUACGUAUCCCUGAGCCUCAAAAUUUCAGGGGAACCCGCGACGAGAAGGAGAUCGACAACUUUCUGUGGCACAUGGAGCGCUACUUCAAGGCGUUGCGGCUGGACGACGAAGAUGAGAAAGUCCAGGCUGCAUCCAUGUACCUUGCUGAUGACGCGAUGCUGUGGUGGCGUCGGCGUUCUGCAGAAGCCGAGAAGGGCCAAUGCAACUUGAAGACGUGGGAGGACUUCGUGCGCGAGCUCAAGGCGCAGUUCUACCCCGAGCACGUCGAGUACCUUGCGAGGAAGCAACUUCGACGGCUCAAACACACCGGGACGCUCAAGGAGUAUGUCAAGGAAUACUCCAAGUUGAUGCUGUCCAUCACCAACAUGGCGGAGGAAGAUCGCUUAUUCUUCUUCCUCGACGGACUCCAACCUUGGGCGAACAAGGAGCUUGUGGGACGCGACGUCAAGGACGUUGCCUCCGCAAUUGCCUUGGCGGAAAAACUGCCCGAGUACGAGCGGGCGGAUUCAACUCGCAGCAAGACGCCCAAAGCGAGCAAGGCUAAAGGUGGAGGAGACCGUCGUGACCAGAAGGAGCGCAGGGGCCGCGAGAGGGGUCCUGUGCCGCCGCCAAAGAAAUUGACGUGCUACGUCUGCGGCGAGAACCAUUGGGCGAGGGACUGCCCAAACAAGAAGAAGCUGAAUGCUGUCCAGACCGAGCAGGGCGAGGGCAGUGCAGAACCGACGAAGAUGGGCGCGCUUAGGCUCGUCAACGCGGUUCAGGGGCUGGCAAGCAGCAGCAAGCCCCUCAACAAGGAGCUUCUGUACAUCGAUGUGACCCUUAACGGCAGGGCCACACGAGCAUUGGUGGACACGGGAGCCACUCACAACUUUGUUGCCGAAGCGGAGGCCAAACGGAUAGGCCUUCCCCUUGAGAAGGAUGCUAGCAGGAUCAAGGCCGUCAACUCUGAGGCGCAACCUGUUGCGGGCGUGGCCAAAGGCGUGGCCAUUGCGGUGGGACCUUGGAGAGGCACCGCAAACUUCACCGCUGCACCCAUCGACGACUUCCAAGUCAUACUAGGUAUGGACUUCUUGGCUUCGUCGAAGGCGGUUCCGAUGCCACACCUUGGGGCCUUGAGCAUCAUGGACGAGGCGGCCCCAUGCAUGGUCCUAGCAAGCCAGGAGAAAACGGUAAGCACCCAAACCCUCUCUGCAUUGCAGUUGCGAAGGGGUGUGAACCGUGGUGAGAUGACUUACCUUGCGGCGAUCCGCGAGGUGAGCGACGAGGGCCUCGACGAGGAGGGCCUUCCUGCAGAGAUUGGGGCGGUCUUGGCAGAUUUCCAGGAUGUCAUGCCAAAGGAACUGCCGAAGCAACUUCCACCUAGACGGGAGGUGGAUCAUGCCAUUGAGCUCGAGCCAGGAGCCAAACCGCCAGCGAAAGCGCCAUAUAGAAUGGCCCCGCCAGAGCUCGAGGAGCUGCAAAAGCAGUUGAAGGAGCUCCUCGAUGCGGGCUUCAUCCGACCGUCAAAGGCACCCUAUGGAGCACCAGUUUUGUUCCAGCGCAAGAGCGACGGAAGCCUGCGGCUUUGUAUCGAUUAUGAGUUCCUUGUCAUGCCGUUCGGCUUGACGAACGCGCCAGCAACCUUCUGCACACUUAUGAACAAGCUGUUCCAUCCCUAUCUCGAUCGCUUUGUGGUGGUGUACCUCGACGACAUCGUGGUAUAUAGCAACACCUUGGAGGAGCACAUCGAGCACUUGCGAACCGUCUUCCAAGUGCUGCGGGAGAACCAGCUGUUCGUCAAGAAGGAGAAGUGCAUAUUCGCGAAGGAAGAGGUGCACUUCCUUGGCCACUGGAUAGGCCAGGGCCUGAUUCGCAUGGACCAGCGGAAGGUGCGAGCCAUCUGCGAAUGGGAGACCCCAACGACGGUGUCCGAGUUGCGGUCUUUCCUUGGACUCGUUAACUACUACCGCCGAUUCAUUGCUGGCUACUCUGCGAGAGCAGCCCCGUUGACGGAUCUGCUGAAGAAAAACCACUCGUGGGUUUGGACCUCUCAAUGUGCGGAGGCAUUCGAGGACCUAAAGCGAGCGGUGACGGAGGAUCCAGUGCUGCGACUACCCGACUGCAGUCGCACCUUUGAGGUACAUACUGAUGCCUCUGACUUUGCCAUUGGCGGUGUCCUCGUGCAGGAUGGGCACCCCAUCGCCUAUGAGAGCCGCAAGCUCAACGACACCGAGCGGCGUUACACCGUCCAAGAGAAGGAAAUGACCGCUGUGGUGCAUUGCUUGCGAACCUGGCGGCACUAUUUGCUUGGGAGCAAGUUUGUGGUGCGCACCGACAACGUUGCCACAAGCUACUUCCAAUCCCAAAAGAAGCUGUCCCCUAAGCAGGCGAGGUGGCAAGACUUCUUGGCGGAGUUCGACAUGGAGAUGCAAUACAAGCCCGGGAAGGAAAACCGCGUGGCUGAUGCUCUCAGCCGCAAGGCUGAGCUUGCAGCCGUGUGGCAGCUUCAAGGGACGCUCCGCGAUCGACUUCGUUCAGGAACCAAUGAGGACCCUAUCGCUCAAAAUCUGGUGCAGCUUGUCAAGGAGGGCAAAACGCGAAGGUUUUGGCUGAGCGACGGGCUGCUCCUCACAAAGGGGCGACGGGUGUACGUGCCCAAGUGGGGCAACCUUCGCCGCGAGCUCAUCAAGGAGUGCCAUGACUCCAAGUGGGCGGGCCACCCAGGUCAGAAGCGAACCCUGGCGUUGCUCGAGGCCGCCUACUUUUGGCCGCGGAUGCACGAAGACGUGGAGGCCUACGUGCGAACCUGCUUGGUGUGUCAACAAGACAAAGUUGAGCACCAGCGACCUGGCGGACUCCUCGAGCCUUUACCUGUGCCUAGCCGUCCGUGGGAGAGCAUUUCGAUGGACUUCAUCUCCGCCUUACCAAAGGUGGGGGUGCUUGGGUCCAUUCUGGUGGUGGUUGAUCGUUUUUCCAAGUACGGGACCUUCAUUGCUGCGCCGACCGAUUGCACGGCUGAAGAAGCGGCACGCCUCUUCGUCAGCCACAUCGUCAAGCUUUGGGGGAUCCCCACGAGCAUCGUGAGCGACCGCGACCCCAGGUUCACUGGCAAGUUUUGGACCGAGGUGUUCAAAAUCUUGGGGUCGGAGUUGCUCUUCUCCACCAGUUGGCAUCCACAGACCGACGGGCAAACUGAGCGGGUGAACGCUCUGUUGGAGGAGUAUUUGCGGCACUAUGUGAGUGCCAAUCAGAAGGAUUGGGUGCAUCAUCUCGAUGUCGCCCAGUUUGCUUACAAUUUGCGGCGCAGCGAGUCUACAGGCUGCAGCCCUUUCGAGUUGGCGAUCGGGCGACAACCACUUGCCCCUCACACGGCUGCUGCGGGAGAGCAGUUCCGCAGCCCAGUUGCUCUUCAGUUUACCACUAACUUGCAGGAAAAGGGUGAAAUUGCAAGGGCGAACUUGGAGAAAGCAGCACGACGGAUGAAGAAGUGGGCUGACGAAAAGCGACAGCCUCGGGAGUUUGCCGAGGGCGACCGCGUGAUGGUCAAGCUUCAUCCGCAGCAGUUCAAAGCCUUGCGGAAGGUGCACAAGGGACUGCUGCGCAAGUACGAAGGCCCAUAUACCGUCGUCAAGCGUGUGGGCAAGGGGGCCUACAAGCUGCAGCUGCCCGCAAACCUCAGGAUCCACCCUGUUUUUCAUGUCAGCAGGUUGAAGCUGUACAACGAGGACGCGGAGGAUCCGAGCAGAGGAGUGUCGCAGCGAGCGCCUCCGACCAUGGUGACUUCGUUCGACAAAGAAGCGGAGUCCAUCCUGGACACUCGACUCAUUCGGCGACGUGGGGUCGUGCCGAAUCCUGAGUACUUGGUGAAGUGGAAGAAUCUCCCAUUCGGCGAGGCGAGUUGGGAGAAGGCGGACACACUUUGGCAGUACCAAGCGCUCAUCGACGAGUUCCAGAAGCAGCGCGCGACGAGGACGCCUGCGCAUUAGGUGGAGGAGGGUGUCAGGGACUUAGAAAAAUUUCUAUGCAGCCCGGUCCCUGGCCCAAAUCUGCUUAGCGAGUUCGGGUUGAAAACGGGUCGAAUCGGGUUGGCAAGUAGACCCAAACCCAACCCGCUGUGGGAAACUCAAGGGUCAUGAAACUCAUGGGAGUUAUGGGUGACUCUUGAGCUUUUGGCAUUUAUGAGGGCUCAUUAUGUAGGCUCAUUAUGUAUGUAAUAAUGGGUGAGUUAUGUGGUAGUGGGUGAGUUGAAAAGGCACCUUUGGGCCUAUAAAUAGUGGGGUUGGCUAAGGCCAUGACACACAAGAGAGAGUGUGUUUGUAUGCUGUUUGUAGGUUGUAAUUCUCAUUUCUAAGUAGUGUAGUACUUAGUUUUUUGAGAGAA